AAUCCUUCGAGAACCAGGCUUUCGGUUCCUCGGUUUAUCCUAUAAAACGCCAAGCCUCGUCCCUCUCUGCCCUCAAUUCAUCCGAGUCCGGGCAAAGGGAACGGUCCAGAGAUUCCUAGGAGCUGCCUUGUCAAGUUGGAAUUCUUGAUCUGAUGCACUUGUCAGAACAUGAAUGCUGAAUGGAAGUUGUAAAAUCUGUCUAUAAUAUCACAACAUUGUGAAAGUGGAGGGUGUCAAAAUUGAAGCUUCGUUUAUGUCUGAACAAGCCUCACUCUAUUUGGGAUCAAUUGGAUUGCUUGGAGGAUAUUCUCCUACAUCAAGAAAAAGGUACAGGCUCCCCUGGGAGAGGUUUGGCUGCAUGCAUCAGGGGCAACUUCAACAUUCUACAUCUUGCUGUCAUAUGCAACCUCCCCUCAUUGCAGAAAAUCUGCUUGGUGUUCUUGAAGGAAACGGCCAAACUUUUUCUUCUGGUGCUUGCUACCUCUCUUAGUAAGGAAUCAGUUUCUUCAGAGAUGGCUUUGCAGAAUAUCGGUGCUUCAAACAGCGAUGAUGCCUUCUAUAGGUACAAGAUGCCCAAGAUGAUAACCAAAAUAGAAGGCCGUGGAAAUGGCAUCAAGACUAACAUUGUGAACAUGGUGGAUAUUGCAAAGGCAUUGGCCAGGCCAGCUUCUUACACAACAAAAUAUUUUGGAUGUGAGCUUGGGGCACAGUCAAAAUUUGAUGAAAAAACAGGGACUUCCUUGGUCAAUGGGGCCCAUGACACUGCCAAGCUGGCUGGACUUCUGGAGAAUUUCAUCAAGAAAUAUGUUCAGUGCUAUGGAUGUGGCAACCCAGAGACAGAGAUCAUCAUCAGUAAGAACCAGAUGAUAACACUGAAAUGUGCAGCCUGUGGCUUCAUGUCUGAUGUUGACAUGAGGGACAAGCUGACAACCUUCAUCUUGAAGAACCCUCCUGAACAGAAGAAGGGAGCAAAGGACAAGAAGGGUUUGAGGAGGGCAGAGAAGGAGCGGCUAAAGGAAGGGGAGGCUGCUGAUGAGGAGCAGAAGAAGCUGAAGAAGGACCCAAAGAAGAAAGGAACAACGACUUCCAAGGAUGGUGCUUCUUCAAAGGUUGCUGCUGCGAGGAAGAAAGCUAGUGGUGGCUCUGAUGAGGAUCGUUCAGCCUCACCUGCUGGCAGCCAACAUGGUGAUGAUAAUGCAGCUAAUGAUGAUGACAAUGAUGAUGUGCAGUGGCAGACAGAUACAUCGCUUGAAGCUGCAAAACAGCGUAUCCAAGAACAACUGAAUGCUGUGACAGCUGAGAUGGUGAUGCUCUCCACCAAUGAGCCAGACCAGGAGAAGAAGCCUCAGAAGGCAAAGAAAGAGGGCGCUGCUAAUGGUACCGAUAAAGCUGCAGACAAACCUGGUGCAGCCCAAAAUGGUGUCAGUGCUGAUGGUUAUGAAACACUGAUUAAGGAGAUCAAGGGCAACCUGAGCAAGGGGUCCACACCAGGCCAGCUUCACGCCUUUCUGGGUUCUGUUACCGAAUCUCCUCAGGAAGCCAUGACAGCCCUGUUUGAAGCACUCUUUGAUGGUGCUGGGAAAGGAUUUGCUAAAGAGGUGGGCAAGAAAAAGAAUUACAUCAGUGCUGCGGUGCAGGAUGAAGGAUCCCAGAUGCUUUUGCUCCGAUCCAUUGAAGCUUUCUGCAGCAAGUGCAGUGCAGAUGCUGUGAAAGAGGUUGCCCUUGUUCUGAAGGUCCUCUACGAUGGAGAUGUGCUGGAGGAGGAGAGCAUCGUCCAGUGGUAUGAGGAAGGGCUAGCAGGUGGCAAAAAUUCUCAGGUGCUGAAGAUUGCUAAGCCCUUUGUGGAGUGGCUCCAAAAUGCCGAGUCUGAAUCAGAGGAGUGAUAACAUGCGCGCAUACCCUUUGAAUCUCCUCCUUUUAUGCUUUGCUUGCAGUCAGUACGGUUGAAUAAAUUGAGAGUCGCAUGUUUGAGGCAGGGACUCUGUCAGAGUAUCUAUCUUUAGAUCCUUACGACGCCACCACUGUGGUGUUGUGUGGUGUUAUGCUGGUCUUUGCUUUGGUUCUGUGAUAUUGCUCGUCUCUGUGUGACAAACUUCCUUUACAUAAAGUAUGAUUAGCGUGAUGAAAAUUGAAGUGCGGCCUGGCAUGUGGAUUU